GCUUUUACACCUGUUUGUUGUCGACGCACAUUAUAGCUAUAGCAUUACUAUCACUGUUGAUGUUAGGCAUUAUCAUCUAUAAAUAGCAAGCAUAACUCAACACUUUUCUCUACCACUAAAACUUCCUAUUCUCUAUUCGUUAUUUGCUUUAGCUAUAAGUUCAAACUUCCAAGUAAUUUUUAACCUUGUGCUGAUUGAUAUCUUUGAGUUUUAUCACAAUGGCCUCCAUGACCAUGAGGAUAUUAGGUAUUGUAGCUUUGCUUGUUGCGAUGUAUGCUAUAGCAUGUGAAAGUAGAGCAGCAAGAAAGAAUCUUGGGUUAAACCUAGGUGGGGUGAGAAUUGGAAGAGGUUCUGGUGUCGGAAUUGGAAUGGGUUCUGGUGUAGGAAUUGGGCUUGGCGGUGGUAGUGGUGCUGGCUCUGGUGCUGGUUCAGGGUCUGGAUCAGGUUCAAAUUCUGGUUCGGGUUCUGCUUCCGGAUCGGGAUCGGGAUCAGGGUCUUCUGGAGCAGGUUCUGAGGCUGGUUCACACGCAGGAUCUCAAGCUGGUUCAGGGGCUGGUUCAGGAGCCGGUUCUCAAGCAGGCUCUGAAGCUGGUUCACAUGCAGGAUCUCAUGCAGGGUCAGGAGCCGAGUCAGGAGCUGGUUCUCAAGCAGGCUCUGAAGCUGGUUCACAUGCAGGAUCUCAUGCAGGGUCAGGAGCCGGUUCUGAAGCUGGCUCUGAAGCUGGUUCACAUGGAGGCUCUCAUGCAGGGUCAGGAGGUGGUGUCGGAAUUGGAACCGGUUCUGGUGUCGGAAUUGGAACGGGUUCUGGUGUCGGAAUUGGAAUGGGUUCUGGUGUAGGAAUAGGGCUUGGCGGUGGUAGUGGUGCUGGCUCUGGUGCAGGUGCAGGGUCUGGAUCUGGAUCUGGAUCUGGUUCAAGUUCUGGUUCUGGCUCUGCUUCCGGAUCUGGAUCAGGGUCUUCUGGAGCAGGUUCUGAGGCUGGUUCACACGCAGGAUCUCAAGCUGGUUCAGGGGCUGGUUCAGGAGCUGGUUCCCAAGCAGGCUCUGAAGCUGGUUCACAUGCAGGAUCUCGUGCAGGGUCAGGGGCUGGGUCAGGAGCCGGUUCUGAAGCAGGCUCUGGAGCAGGUUCUGAGGCUGGUUCACACGCACGAUCUCAAGCGGGGUCAGGAUCCGGUUCAGAAGCAGGCUCAGGAGCAGGUUCUGAGGCUGGUUCACACGCAGGAUCUCAAGCGGGGUCAGGAGCCGGUUCUGAAGCAGGCUCUGGAGCAGGUUCACACGCAGGUUCUGAGGCUGGUUCACAUGCAGGAUCUCAAGCGGGGUCAGGAGCCGGUUCUGAAGCAGGAUCUGGAGCAGGUUCUGAGGCUGGAUCACACGCAGGAUCUCAAGCGGGUUCAGGGGCUGGUUCAGGAGCCGAUUCUCAAGUAGGCUCUGAAGCUGGUUCACAUGCAGGAUCUCGUGCAGGGUCAGGGGCUGAAUCAGGAGUCGGUUCUGAAGCAGGCUCUGAAGCUGGUUCACAUGCAGGCUCUCAUGCAGGGUCAGGAGCCGGUUCUGAAACGGGUUCUGAAGCUGGUUCCCGUGCAGGAUCUCAUGCAGGGUCAGGGGUUGGGUCAGGAGCCGGUUCUGAAGCUGGCUCUGAAGCUGGUUCACAUGCAGGGUCGGGAGUUGGUUCUGAAGCGAGUUCAGAAGCUGGUUCCCAUGCAGGAACUCAUGCAGGGCCAGGGGCUGGUUCAGGAGCCGGUUCUGAAGCAGACUCUGAAGCUAGUUCACAUGCAGGCUCUCGUGCGGGGUCAGGAUCUAGUUCUGAAGUGGGUUCUGAUGCUGGUUCUCAUGCUGGAUCUCAUGCUGAUUCAGGGGUUGGUUCUGAAGCAGGUUCAGAAGCUGGUUCAAAUGCAGGAUCUCAUGCUAGGUCAGGGGCUGGUUCAGGAGCCGGUUCUAAAGUUGAUUCUGAAGCUGGUUCAGGAUCUAGUGCUAAGUCCGGAGCCGGUUCUGAAGUAGGGUCUGAAGCCGGUUCAUAUGCAGGUUCUCAUGCUGGAUCUGGGUCUGGAUUUUCUAAAGUGGGUUCUGAAGCCGGUUCAUAUGCAAGUUCUCAUGCUGGAUCAGGAAAUUGAAACUAAAAUCUUCCAUAUUUAGUAAAUAAAAAAACUCAUUAAGCAACAAAUAUAACUCUGUGGUUCAAUAGACAUAGUGCAAUUCAUAAAUGUAUGUUUUUUCCUGUGUUUGUUACAUGGAGUCAUGAUCUAUCAUUUAUCUAUCUAUACAAUAUACAAUGUAGUGGUGUAAAGUUGUUUUCUUUGUCAAGUGUAAAACUUGUUCUUUAAUAAAAGAUGUUAGUUAAUAUAAA